AUGGACAAGAAACAGAAGAAAAAAACUGUUAUUAAGCGUAAAAGUGAUGAACCAAGUGAGAGUGAAAAAAAAGUAAAAAUUAUGGUAAAUCGGAAGGUUGAUGAGGACAAGGAGAAAGUGGAGGUGGUGAACCAGGUUGUGGAGGUGCCCGUGGAGCAGGGACAGCAGAUAGUCCAUACUGGACAAUUGGUGGAAGGCAAUUUCGAGCAACCCGUUUUUGUCAACAUGAAGGGGGAACCAGUCCAAUUAGGCCCAAAUACGGUAAUACUGUACGAGCAAAGUGGUAACCCGUCAAACUUUGCCUUUGGAGGCAUGUGGACCAUGGACCAGUCAGGGCGUAUCGUUAUGACUGAGGGUAUUUACGAUGUCAAAGGAGAACCUGAAGAGGAAGGUGGGACUUUUGUCCAGAAUGCUGCUGAAGUUAGUAAUCAACAAGUGGAAGAGCAAACAACAACAUAUCAGCAAUACGAGAUAAGCAGUAAUGCACAAGUAGACGGACAACAAGAGUAUGAAGUUGCUAUUAUUGAGAAUCCGCCUGCAGCUGAUAAUGACAGAUCGGAAGCCCAGAUAAUAACUACAGAAGAUCAGCUAGUGACGGCUGGAUCAGGUGCCGUACGUUGGUUGAAUCAGAAGUACGAUUUCGUUGUUAGGAAGUUACAGCUUAACUAUGAUGCUGGUGUCAAACUUCUCCAUUCUCAAUCUGGCUGCAUCCAAUGCGUGUACCUCACCACGCCUAGCAUGCAGUUAGCGUUCAAUGCAGUACCACAGUUCCUCUGCAUCGAAACUGGCAUAGAGUUCAACAGCAUAAUUCCAACAGUAGGAGGUGGUGCCAGUCCCAGUGUGAAACAUAAUGUCACCUUGUUCCUUGCUGAAGAUGGCAAUGGGAAAUCUGUGAUUGUAUCGGCUGGUAUAUCCACUUUAAUCGGCGACGACUUAACCUGGCUGUUGGACACGUUUAAAUCUUGCAAUCCGGCGUGGCGGCAAGUGCGAUGCGUCGUAUGUGACCCUACGAAAUGUCAACAGGCGGUGCGUGGGGCGUUCCCGCUGGCGCACGUGACGUGCUCGGUGUGGCAGGCGUCGCGUGCGGCGGCGCGGCUGAGCGCGGAGGCGGCGCGGCGCGACGACGCGGCGCUGGCGCCCGACGACGUCGCCGCACGCUGCAAGACCUAUGCGCUGGCGCUGCUGCGCGGCGAACACACGCCGGCGCAACUGCAGGUUGGAAGUGUGCGGCAACAGCAAUACGUUUUAGCCACACCUGGUCAAGCAGCUACUCCUGUAUCACAAGUAAUCUUCUGCGGCGGCGGCGUAAGCGGUGUCGGAGGAGUCAGUGGCGUAGCCGGUGCUGCGCCUGUUAUCACAUCUGUUCUACCCGCAGGGGGGGCGGUUUUGACCCCCCACCAUGCGUUACAUCAGUAAAUUAUAAUCAUCGUGUUCUACAAGGAUGUGACUAAGUUAAUUAUUGAAAUAUUACUCCUAUCACAUAGUCUAUGGCCAACGGGGGUCACAUAGACCCCCAACUAUAAAUGGUUUUUAUUUCACUUCCACUUGUUGUAAGGAAAUUAAUCAUUAACACAAGGAUGUGACUAAAUAAAAAUGUUGGGUGUUUAGAAUGGGGGUCACACAGACCCCUACACUAUAAAAUCGAUGAUUGGCUUUUCUUUUAUCACGGCCCGCAUAGAAAGGACUAAGGAUUAUUCCACGGCCCUGUUUUUUCGGAUCUAAACCGUUUAUAUUUGUUUAUCAAACAAGUCAACUGUAACCACGUGACAUGGAAAAAGCCCGAAACGUUGGUUAGUUUAAUAAAAAAUGCUUAAGUUCAAUGUGUAAUAAUAGCUUUUGUUACCUGUACACACGGAAGAAAUAAAACAAUGGAAGUGCCUUGAGCCUCGAUUAUUAUCAGUUGCCGCAAGUCACAUAUUCAUAAGUUGAAACACUAUGAAUUUUGAUAAUUAUUGGUCAUAGUUUAUAAUUGAAAAACAAAUAACAAAUUCUGUGCUGUUAAUAUAAUUUAAACUUAACCCAAUGUUGGCAUAUUGUUGAAAAAUCAAUACUUAUUAUUGCACGUUGAAUGAAACUUCAAUCAAUGUGCUGCCAUCUAGCGGUCAAUAGCUGAACGAAGACGAAUUCUAGAUGUUUACUUAGUACUCCAAAAAAUAGGCGACCAUAUUGCAGCGGUAUAAGGUUAACUUCAGUUUCUUGUAACAAAAAAAUAUUACGUUAAAUAGAAAAGACAUUAGGCAACACCAUCAUAGAUCAUUAUUGCACUCCAAAGUAACAAAAUAAGGCAUUUUUCUAUGAUUUUCGAGGUUUUGCGCGAGAUAAUUCACACUGUCAUAACGUACAAAGCAAAAGUGGCGGACCGAGGUUAUAGUCGUCACAAAAUAAGAGGCAACUUUUGACACUUGUUAUCGCAACGUAAAUAGGUA